ACAAAACGUCAACAUCGAUCGCCGUCCGUCCGGGAAGUGCCGUGUUGUGUACUUUUACUAUCCGCAUUUCAAUGUUCUCGUUGAUCAUCUUCUAAAUUACACAAUAUUAAUUAUAUUUUAUUGAAUUCAGUUAGUUAACUGCAGUUUAAAAUUGUUACAUUAUCAUGCCUCCGAAAAAAGUUCCUGCGGGGGCCUCCAAAAAGGCCGAAAGCAAGAAAAAGGAGAAAAUUAUUGAGGAUAAAACUUUCGGAUUGAAGAACAAAAAGGGAGCAAAACAACAGAAGUUUAUUACUCAAGUCGAGAAGCAAGUGAAAAGUGGAGGUCAACAUAACCUACUGAACAACCCGAAUGCCAAGAAAGAGGAAAAGGAAAAGAAGCUCAAGGAACAGAAGGAGCUGGCCCAGUUGUUCAAGCCGGUUCCUACGCAAAAGAUCGAAAAAGGAGCUGACCCCAAGUCGAUUCUGUGCGCGUUCUUCAAACAGGGAACAUGUACCAAGGGCGACAAAUGUAAAUUUUCUCAUGACUUGGCCAUUGAACGGAAAGCGGAGAAAAGAUCCAUUCAUGUGGAUAUGCGUGAUGCGGAGAACGAUACCAUCGAAAAUUGGACCGAGGAAAAGCUGGCGGAAGUCGUCGCCAAGAAGCACGGAAAGGAGAAAACUAUGCCAACUACCACGAUUAUCUGCAAGUACUUUCUUGACGCUGUCGAAAAAUCCCUCUACGGCUGGUUCUGGGAAUGUCCGAACGGAGAGAAAUGUAUCUACCGGCAUGCUCUACCUCCAGGUUACGUCCUGAAAAAGGACAAGAAGAAAAUGGACUCCCAAAAGGAGGAAAUCUCCCUAGUUGAUUUGAUUGAAACAGAACGAGCUGCUCUGGGAGUGAAUCAAACUCGAGUCACACUCGAAACCUUCCUCGCAUGGAAAAAACGCAAAAUCCUGGAGAAGAAAAAACGAGAACAAGACGAAGAAGAUCGCAAACGUAAAGAUUUCAAGGCUGGACGUCAAAAUGGACUCUCUGGUCGGGAGAUGUUCAGCUUUAACCCAGACAUGGUCGAUUUCGGUAUGGAUGACGGCGAGGAAGCAAUCGAGUCUUAUGGAAGGAAUGAGGAUGAUGAUGACACUACCGAAUAUAAAGAAUUGGAUUUGAACAUGCUUUCGUUAUCAAUCAAGGAGGUGGACAAUACUGGUACCGUGGCCGAAGAGGACCGAUGGCAGAAAAUGAAAGCCAGCCUACCGGUGACUACCGAGAACGGAGAGGCGGAAGGUGCGGCGGCAGCUAUUCCAAGUUCUUCGGAUGCAGCACCUAUAAAUGAGAACCUUUUCCUCGACGAAGACCUGGAAGGAAUUGACGAUGAGCUAAGCGACGAAGACGACGAUGACGACGACGAUGCAGACGGUGAAGCAAAUGAUAAUAGCGAAAAAUCGUGAUAACAUCCUUGAUGGAGAAAAUGAGGAUGGUUUUUCGUUAUUGAAAUUAUUUAAAUUGCGGUCAGGUAAAUGUUGCAUCCUUGAAUGUUCGAUAUUGCUACAAUUAAACACGUACAGUCAAAUAAGAAUAA